UAUGGAGGUUGAUUUGAUUGUUAUUUCAAAAUAAAAAUUGAUGGCUCUUCAGCUUCUGUAGUUUGAUUACGUAUAAACAAAGUGUAUACAAUUGUAUAAAUUGCAUUCGUUGAAAUGCAAAUUAUAAGGCUCCGUGUGAAUUUGCAGUUGGAUUUUAUGUUUCUAUUCUGACGUUUUAUUUCGCGUCGUCUACCGUCAAAAGUUAGCGUUGAGUGGAAGGCUUGAUGGUUUAUUGGUUUAAAGCUGUUUGAAGAAUGACCUCCCCGUGGGUGAACAAGUACGCGAUUAUGCGGGACCUGUCGAUGGUGCAGGGCUCCGUGCCGGUGGACAUCGCCGGCACCGUCAGCGCCGGUGACCGCCCGCCAUCCCAGGACAUCCUUGAAGAGACAGAAGAGGAAUUCUACCUUAACUGCGUUGGUGGUGACAGUGAUUGUCUAGAACCAGAUUUGCACCUUAUCAAACAUAUGUUGGAUAUGGUCCAAAAUUAUGAUGUGCGGACAGAUACAGAAGUUGAACCAGAAUCUGAGAAGAUCAUAGAAAUCAGUAAACUGGACCCUCCAUGCUCAAAUGUUAUUCAGCCAAUGAUGAACAAUGUGAAGACUCACCAACAAAUUAAGAUAAGACCAAAAAGAAAACAAAGAAAUGCUGCUAUGGCUUCGCUACUGCUUAACUUGGAGAAUGAAGAAAAUUCAAUAAAGACAUCCAAUAAUGAACCAGUGAAGCUUCUAAAGCCUGCUGAUUUCUCAAAUAUUGAACCUGAAGCUAUAAAAAAAGUCAAUGGAUGGUUCAAUGCCCAAGAAAAAACACAAGCUACAAUAAAACCAAGAAAUACAAAACUAACAUUAAAUGUAAACCCAACAACAAUGUUUAAGAAGAAAGACAUAGCAUCACUACCAAAAGCAGAAAAAGACAUAUUCACAUAUAUAAAGCCAACUGUGGAGGCAGAACUGAAUGUUAACCCAGUAUCCAUGAUCAAAAUGAAAGAUUUCCCUCCUCUACCAAAAGUAAAUAAAAAUGUUAUAUCAGAAUGUUAUAGUAAAAUUCCACAUAUUAAGGAAAAAACGGCAAAACUGAUUGUUAGCCCUGUGUCUAUGUUUAAAAAGAAAUUAUCUCCGUCGCCUUCGAAACCAGAAAGGGCAACUGUUGAAAGUAAAAAACCUGGCGAUGUGUACACCAAAUUCGUACCAUCCACCAAGGCAGCGAAUUAUUACAAGAAAUUCUUGGAGAGCAGUAUAAUGAAAGAGAUGGUCACAGAAGAUGUGUGGGCGCGAGCUGAACGGCAAAUGAAGGAGAUUGAUGAGAGAAGGAAACAUGAAGCGGAACUGUUUGCAUUGUCACUUGCACUGUCCAAGUCAAAGGAGUCAACCAGCAGUCCAGCAACUUCAACAAACAUAGAUAAUCCAAUACUAGAUGUGGUCCGCUUGCCUCAGCACAGACAUACCUUAAAAGGCCAGUGCGUAGUGUGUGCAGUUAUGACAAAGAAGGACCCCAAGUCGGAGCAUGAACUUGAUAUAACGUACACAUGUUCCUCUGAUGACGAUGAUAAUGGAAAUGAUCAUAUGGACUUUUGGAGGGCUCGUGCUGAGGAGACUGUCAAUGGUAACAUAGAAAACUGGCGGCUGGAGAAAGUACACGAUGAGAAUAUAGAUUCGUGGCGCCAAUCUGAUGUCGAUACCAUCGGCAGUGAAGCUAAAAAAGAUGGAGAAGAAGCUGAGAGAAGCUGUAGUUAGAGAAAUAGCUUGUUCUCUCUACGAAUUUCAAAUUGCUAAGAAUACGUAAAGCCACCGAUACGUAGAAGAAUGUCUACAGAUAGGUGUUUAUGAUAGAAACGCGUGUGUAUGUUUGUCAUAUGACGAUUUGUGCUAUUGCCUACUCCGUUAAGGAGUAUAAGCGUGAAUUUAUGUAAGCAUGUAUAUACAUCACAGGGCUUCCUUGUCAAGUAUGCAUACACCAUCGCGUUGAAUUACAGCAAAAUGAAAUAUUUGGUAUUAAGAUUUGAUUGUGUUUAAUUUUGUAGUAGUCUGGAUUUUGUAACCAUUCAGAUGUUUUAAAAUUGAGCCGAAAAGGGAAUGUUGGUUUUUAUAUUUUAAGCGCCAUAAUAACGCCGAUUUUUAACUGUCUCGAUUAGAAAAUAUUCUCUCUUCUUUCAUUUUGUAAGAAGAGAGUUAUUAUUUAACUACACAUCAAAAUUAUAUUUUAUAAAAUUGCCAACAAACAAAAGAAAUGUGUCUGCAGGGGUAAUGGGCUAAUUUUGUAUACCUAUUCUUGUUA